GCUGUGGCCAAAGUCAAAUUUGCCUUGACCGUUACCUUUGAUGUUUGUGCAGCAGCACAGCACACAGCCGCAGGCCUUUGCACAGCUGUUGUUGUUGUUGAGUGGCGGAGAUGGACUUCUCACAGCCGAUGCGGUGUGCACCGAAGCAGCCACCGCUAUGCUCACCAAACGGGGAGCACAUCGCACUUGGCAUCGACAACAAACUGAUCAUACGGCGAGCAAGUGAUGCGGCCGUUGUUCGCACGCAGGCGUGCAAAGAUGCCAUCAACUACCUCGAGUGGUCAUCCGAUUCACAGUACCUGAUCACAGCCAAUUUCCAGCGGGCGUUGGUGGAGAUUUGGGCAUUGGACGACGUGGAAUGGGAGUGCCGGAUCGACGAAGGCGCAGCAGGGCUGGAAUCUGUGCGCUGGAGCCCAGACGGCCGCCACGUCCUCACCACCGCACAGUUUCAGCUCCGCGUGACCAUCUGGUCUCUCGUGGCCCAACAGACGCACUACUUCAAAUUCCCAAAGUUUGCCGGCAAAGGGCUUGGGUUUACGAGCAACGGAAAGUUCAUGGCCGUUCUUGAACGUUCGGAGGGUCGCGACUUCGUGUCGAUUAUCACGUGCGAGAGCUGGCAGGUGGUGCGCCGCUUCCAAACGGAAACAAGCGACGCCACCGAUCUGACGUGGUCGCCCGAUGACCACCACCUCUGCAUCUGGGACUCCCCACUCACAUACACGGCAUGCGUGUAUUCCAUAUCGGGCAAACUCCUGCGAACAUUCUCCGCUUACAGCGACGCUCUUGGUAUCAAGUCUGUUGCGUGGGCGCCGUCAUCACAGCUCCUCGCCAUCGGCAGUUACGACCAGAAGGUUCGCUUGCUCAACAACGUCAUCUGGUCAGAGAUUAUCGACUUCAAGCACACGCAGACGGUCACGUCCACCGCAAACAGAGUUGUGUAUGCUGAGAUUGGCGCGCCGGCAGCAGAAGCGGCUGCAAAGGACAUUGCACACGCAUCAUCCCAAUAUGAGCUGAUUAGUGGCAGCUACAAGUUCAAUGCACUCAAACUCGACUCGGAGAAGCCAAACCCGCGGCUUGGUGUCGGGUGGAUGGCGUUUAGCAGCGACAGCCGCUUCCUCGCUUCACGAAAUGACAACAUGCCGAACACGCUUUUCAUCUGGACGGUUGCCAAGCUCCGCCUGACCGCUGCUCUGCACCAGCUCGCCGCCAUUCGCUGCGCGGCGUGGCACCCGACGCGCCCGCUGCUCGCGCUGUGCUGCGGCCAGGGACAGGUCUACUUCUGGUCAACAGCAGGGGCACUUGCACUCAGAAUCCCGGCGAAAGGCACGUUUGCAGCGAGUUUCUUGUCGUGGUCGCCAGAAGGAAACACCCUCCUCAUCUCCGGCUCAAAGGGCUUUGUCAUGUGCGACAUUGCUCAGUUCCUCUCUACCAACAGCGAUUUGGCAUGACACGAUGCCGUCACACCCAACCACGCACACGGCAGCCACACCAACGAUGUGCUGUGGCGCACGGCGUUGUGUGAGUGAUGAUGUCUCACUCCGACUUCCGUUCACCUGAACCCGUUUUGUUGAUCGUUUGGACAAAUGCGUUGCACUUUUGGAUCAACCGUACGAGUGCAGCGCACAUUGUAACUUCAAAGUAAACGCCUCAAGAAA